AUGAAUUUGAUGGUGGAUUUCCAGGACGUUUCUAGUCCACUGGAAGAUUCUAACAGUCAUACUCCUCCCCUGAAGACUCGAGGAAAGGUGAAAGUUAAAGAGAUUAGUGGGGCUAAAAUCGGUAAAUCCAGAAAUUCAGUACUUUUCAAAGGUUCAAAGUCAUCCAAGGGAAGAAGGAAUUGCUUUUCUGUCCUGAAUCAGUGGAGACCAGACCCGGCAGCAAGAAAAGAAGAAACCAGAAUCCCAUUCGUGCAGAUGGAUAACCAGUUCUCUCCUGGGAAAGGCGCCUGUGGCUGUGGCGUGAGUCUUCUCUGGUUCCUUCUGUUCUAUGAUGACCCCAAGACCCACCCGUGUAUAAGCGUCAGUGAGAAGAACUACAUCUUGUCAUCCCUCAACCAGCAGCAGAGCAGCUCAAGAACACGGUCUCUGCCGAUCAAGGCUAUGAUUAAGUCUCUCCCACUCUGGGCCAUUGUUUUCGGUUCUUUUGCUUUCCACUGGACAAACAACAUCGUGCUUUUCUACACCCCGACGUUUGUCGACUCCAACCUUCAUGUGAAUGUAAAAGAGAAUGGGCUGCUGUCAGCCUUCCCCUAUUUGUUUGCGUGGAGCUUUGGUAUCCUGGCAGGUCACGCUGCAGACUUCUUCCUGUCCAGGAAUAUUCUCCGCCUCAAUAGCAUCCGGAAGCUCUUCAGCACACUAGGACUCUUCCUGCCUCCCUUCUUCGGUCUGUGCCUGGUUCACCUGAGUUUCACCUUCUACAGCACCAUCGUUUUCCUGAUACUUACUGGUUCCACAGGAAGCUUUUGUAUGGCCGGACUACUUAUAAAUGUCUUGGAUAUUGCUCCCAGUUAUUAUGGAUUUCUUAAGGGAGUUACAAAUGUAAUUGGAAUGAUAGGAGGACUAAUUUCUUCCAUUCUGUGUGGAAUGAUCCUGAAUGAGAAUCCAGAAUCUGGCUGGUUUAAAAUCUUCUUCCUGACGGCAGGUGUUAAUGUGACAGGCCUACUUUUCUGUCUCAUAUUUGGGAAAGCAGAAAUUCAGGACUGGGAUACAGACAGACCAGAACAAACACGCCUCUGA